AUGGCCGAGACUGGAGGGCUCCUAGAACUGGGAAACCCCGUCCGUGCCCCGGCAAGCUUUCGGCCGGUCCUGCUCGACGGCGACUGCGGGCCUUCGGCUUUCGGUUCGGGCUCCGGCUGGCCCCGGGAGAGCGGCGGCGAAAGUGCCCGGGGUCUGCCGGGGACGAAAAGGCGGCUGCCUCUCGCCCCCGGGCCGCUCUUUCUGCCCUCGGGAGCUCCUCGUCGCCCGCCCCCCCCCCGGGCCGGAGCGGCUCCCUGCGAGGGCCCACCUGGCAGGCGAGGGCAGCCCGCCCCGUCCCGGCCACGGAGCCCGUCAGGCUCCCCGGAGGGGCUGCCCGAGGCGCCGCCGCUCGUCUGCCUCGGAGCCCGCAGGCGGCGCCCCGCACUCGGGCCCCGGCGAGGAGGGGGGACCCGCCUCGGCUCCUCCGCAGCGCCCUCCGCGGCGCCGCCGCUCCGCUCCCCGCGGCGCAGCAAAGGGCGGCCCGAAGCAGCCGCUCUGCCCGGGCAGCGGGGAAGGGGCCGCCCUCCGGGACCCCAAAGCCGCUUGGCCGGGCCGAAGCCCCCCCCCCCGGGGCGCCCGGGAGCGAAGCAGGGGCAGCCCUGA